CUCAUGACUCUGACGUCAUCGAAGCGUUCGACUAGGUAACAAUUGCCCUGGAGCGGCCCGGUGAUUUUUGGGGAGCUUCCUUUUAUGAUUACUUUAAAACAUGUCUUGCCUCAUUAGCUGCUGCUCGUGUGUGCGUACUGGGGACGCCGACAACCCAUCCGAAGAGCAGGCUGAGAGGCAGAGCUUAAUGCAAGCCAAAUCUGCAAGAAAAGUAUAUCGAUCCACACAAGAUGUGGCAUAUAAAAGUGGUAAAAUAUUUCUUCGGCAUGUGGGAGUUUUAGAGCUUGAUAGACGAUUCAUGGAUAUUGCUGACACCUUUAAUAAGCAGCAAGAGCAUCAUCAAAGCCUGACUGAAAAAUUAAGACUGCUAAAAGAGUGUUAUAAAUGUUCACCUGCAAGUUCCUUUAGUGAAUGUUUCCAUACAAUAAGAGAGCAACACAGUGCUUUCUCCAUCGAUGUUCAAAUGAGUGGUUAUGAUUUUUCAGCCACUGUACAGCCAGAAAAUGCCCCUGCCGAGCUGAAAUCGGUGCAGGAGCAUGUAAAAUGUUUGUCUCAAGAUUCAAAAUUAAUCAUGGCCGCUGGCCCAAAGCUUCAAGAGAUGAUCAGCUCGAUGCUUCAGAAUGAGCAUCAGAUUACAGAGAUGGUGCAGAAGGCAAACCAGGCAUAUCAGGAGCAGCUACGUUAUGAAGCCAAUCUACAGGACAAUUUUCAGGAAAUUCACAGAGCAAGAGAGCUUUCUACUGAAUACAGAGUAGAUGCCAGCAAUUUACUCACUGAGUUUGCCUUGCUUGCUGGAGUAUCACUUUAAUAUUGCAGUUCGAUUGGGCGGAAAAAAAUGGAACACACACUUUUUUUUUUUUUUUUUUUUUCAUUCAAAGAAUGAAUUGAUUUAGAAAAUGCUAAAA